AUUUAAAAUGUGUACGCUAUCGAUGGAAGAGAUCGGCACUUGUACUUCUUUCAUAAUAAUCUUAUUGAAUAAUAGUUCGAUGCAAUGUGAGCUCGUAUCAUAGAUAUGAAUGUACUAAACGACAUUUAGUCUCCAGCACACUUAUAAAUCAAGUUUCGUUACUGUGUAAUAAUUUUUCACAAUGUUGAUUUACAAGAUAUCUUAUCAUUUCCCAUUAAAUACAGACUCAUCAGAUUGUACUCAACCAUUUACACUCUCAUAACAAUGAUCGUGAAGUUUAUGUCUAUUUGUUAUAGACAACUCAUCCACAUUCAGUAUUUUGUUCCUAUUUUUGCAUUCAACUACAAGUAAUAAUGAAUCCCAUUUCCUUCGUGAAACAAAUGUAAAUGGCAGUAACAUAACAAUACAGUAAUGUACUAUGUCAUCUUGAGACAAAACCGCUAAUUACUGACAAUUUACAACAAUCCUGAAAUCUUUCCUGUAUAAUUUUCAUCAUCUUUAUUCAUCAAUUGAUUGUUACGAAGUCUAGAAGUAUGAUAGCAAACACAGCUAUGGUUUUACGCAGCAAAUUUUGUUUCAUUGACAGGCAAUAGCUAAGUUUCCAAUUGCAUAGCUUCUAGACUUUGUUCGGCUGAAUAAUUUGAUGUAAAAAAUUUUCUAACUUUAUUCAAUACAGAUAAGUCUGUUAGAGUAUGUUCUUGUACCUAAUAUGCGUGAAAAAGUUGUAACACAAGUUGGUAUGGGGCAUUUGUGUUAUUACUAGUUGUUAGGGUAUUAUAUUUAUAUGUAAGAAAAAAACAUUAAAAACAAACAACCCAAUCACAAGAAGGUUACUGAAUUCACUAAUACCGAUGCGACUGCAGUUCUAUUUCCAGAGAGUCUGAAAAAUGCAAAACCAAUCCAAUGUACAAUAUUGUUGCGAAUAUUGUCCAAUCAUAUUGUUGUUUGUCUCACUAUCACACGCGCGUUACUGUAAGUACUGAAAACAAAAGAAGACGUACGUAUUACCAUUGAGAUAUUUUACGUAAUAAAUAAUAACUUAAUUAAAAACUACCUAUUCAAAGCCUCGGCCCAGUUGUGAGGCUGUGUGCCGGGGUUUAGAAAUAUAUUUGCCCAAACCGCCAGAGGCCUGUUCACUUAGUUCGCUUUGGUGAGUAGUAUUCAUGAAAGGAUUCUUGAUAUAAUUAUCAUUUUGUCAUGAAUAUAUUCGUCAAUAAUGGAUAAUAGGCCAAAAGUUUUCUGUGAGUAUGCGUGAACAAAGUAGUUUCCCUUUUUUUGGAUUGGGGACAGGAAACGAAGGACAGAUCUGUAAGUAAGGCUGUCUGAACUUACUAAUUGCCCAAAUUAGGAUGAGCACAACAUUCAUUUGUUUCAAUAAUAUUUUCAUCAGUUUUAGAUUGUGUAAUAUAGUAUCGUGAAAUGAUGUCCUUUGCGAUUACGAUUUUUUGCAUUAGGUUCUAUUUUGACUAACAAGACUUUUUGAUUAGAAUAUGUGAUUGUUUUACUAAAGGAUUUUGCUUCCGUUUGUAACGGUAUGUCAAUCUAGCUUUUGAUUUUCUCAAUUUCACACUUAAUUUUGGCAAUUUGUAACAUGCGUGAAAGAUCGAAGGAAGGACUCAAUUAUAGGCAGGAUCGCACGACACAGCUGUUACAAAAUUCCCCUCAUCACCGGAUGUACGUAUUCAACUCGAUUUCUAAAUAAAUAAAAUGCAAAUUAUUCAAAUCACUAUUUUCAUAAUAUUUCGUUUAAUAGUUAACAUAAUAAGUUAUUAAGUUGUGUCAUAGAACAGAAUAUGUAAAUUAAGGUGUGUGCUGAUUGUAGCGUCGUUGCCAUCGCAUUGUCGCGUCAGGCGGAGAGGUGUUGCCGCUCUCGUAUCUAGCAGUUUGACCGUUACGGAACACUGUGUUUGACCGGAUCUUGAUAAAUUGAAAGACAGGCUCGCACUUAAAUUAACUUAAAAAAAGUGAACUGACGAAAAAAUAAUAAAGAUGGUAGACUUCCUGUAAUUUUGUACAGACAAAUAUAUCAUUGUUACCGACGAUCUUAUUCAUAUGAAAUGAGAACGCAUGGACUUGGGCGAAUGCCCUCAGAUUCACGACCUGGCUCUGCGGGCCGACUACGAAGCUGCACAGAAGAAAAGAGAUCAUUUUUAUGACAUCGACGCAAUGGAACACCUUCAAAAUUUCAUUGCUGAUUGUGACCGACGAACUGAACAAGCUAAGCAACGUCUUGCAGAGACUCAAGAAGAGUUGAGUGCAGAGGUUGCAGCAAAAGCUAACAACGUUCAUGUUCUUGCGGAAGAAAUUGGUAAAAAACUUGCCAAGGCAGAGCAGCUUGGCGAGGAAGGGUUUGUAGAAGAAUCUAUGAAGCUUAUGGGUGAAAUUGAUGAGUUGAGAAAGAAAAAAAACGAGGCUGAACAAGAAUACCGAAAUAGCAUGCCAGCUUCGAGCUACCAGCAGCAAAAAUUAAGAGUCUGUGAAGUCUGCAGUGCAUACCUUGGUAUACAUGACAACGAUAGACGACUGGCCGAUCACUUUGGUGGAAAACUCCAUUUGGGCUUCAUCAAGAUAAGGGAAAAACUUGCCGAGCUUGAAAAAACUGUCGAGGAUAGGCGCAAAGAAAAAAGAGAGACUAUGAUGGACAGGGACAGACAGCGGGACAGGGAACGUGAAGAUCGGGACAGGGAUCGAAGUCGUGGUGGGCUGAGUACUGGAUACAGAGAACGCGAUCGAGAUCGCGAUCGCGACCGCGAACGUGCCCGUCGGGAUAGACGACGGUCAAGGUCCAGGAGCCGUAGCCGCGGCAAAAGAUCUAGACGUUCAAGGAGUGACAGCCGUGGGAGACGCUCACGUUCACACCGCAGUGGAUCUAACGAUCGUAAGAGAUAAAACAUUACAUGGAGUCAGAAACUUACUCAUACGACUUCAUGAGCAAACGGACUUACUACAUCUCGUAAAUUAAAAUGUUUAAUGCAGUGGUUUUUGAAAAGUUCUAUAAUAGGGGAAUAAAUAAAUAACAUUUAUAGAUUAUAAGGGGGCAAAGUAAACAAUAAUGAGUAAAUUUAUGAUUGAAAAUUAGCGUAAAAACAUUCUCAGAACUAAUUUGAACUUUUUAACGUUAUGUGACAUGGUCAUCUUGUGUAGUAGAUUAUACGGGAAUUUAUAAUAGUAUGCUUUAAUGUGUAAGGUAUUGUUAUAAUUUUUAAUAACUGAACAUAAAAUAUCUGGCCUUAGUAUUCUGUAGUUCUUAGAAUGAAUUUUAAAUCAAAUUCGUCACGUGUAAAUAUACAUAGGUUCUAUCUCAGUUCGCACAUGCAAAUUCAUUGCAUAUUUAUUAUAAUUUACUAUGCAGUGUUGUUUACCUUCUAGAAACCCUAAAUAAAUAGAUUUCAUCAACAA